AUGGUUCGCGUCGGGUCCCUGAUUCCUGGCGUCGGGCCUAGUGAUACCGACGCCCAUAGGAAAUGGCCCAAGGACCCUAAAAACGUUGUUGCCAAUGGCCUGGACACCGGUGUAUUCAUCAAUGAGCUGUCACACCUUAAGUUUUUACCAUGGGAGAUCGAUUUGAAUGAAGACGAGAAACGGGCCUUCGACCAUAAUCCCGAAAAUAUAAGCUGGAGAAAGCAAAGAGAUCAGCGGCCUGAAGGGAUUCAGAAAGGAACAUACCGGGGGACUCAGCUUGCCAUGAGUAAGGCAUACGACCUUAUAGAACAACGUUAUAUAUCCUUCAUGGAUGUAGCCAAUUUCGAGCCUCUGGUCCCUCCGGCUCAGACCAAGGAACAGAAAUGCAACGACUUUGCCUUCACAAAGAGCGAAGAAGAUGGUUUCCCACCCCAUCUUAAUCUUGCUGGUAAUAAGGAAGCAGCAGCGCGUGAGAAGGAUGAGAACCAAAAGUCAACACUCUCGCAAUUCAAAAUUUUCAAUGCCAUGCGCCUGGUCCAAUUGACCUCGAUCUUACCUCUGGUUGUCCCACAAGAAUUUCAUGGAUUCGAAUCAAUUCCCAAACGCGCCGAGGGGUUUCUUGAAGAAGUUGUCGAAGGAGCAGCAGGGUUAAUCGGUCACGCCCGGUAUGGGACAAUGGGCACACCCGAUGCAGGAACCAAGAUUGCAAACGUGGAAGAUUAUAACAGGACACAACGCGCGCGGGGGUCUCGCAAUGAUAUAUUCGAUCGUCCUAAUGUGGGCGACUUGAAAGAUUGGUACACCGAUGCUCGGUUUGCCCAGCAACACUUUACAGGGACAAAUCCUACAACCAUUGAACGGGCUUCAGAUAUGUGGAUACACCACUUCAUCAAAGCUGCAAGUGCAGAUGAUGAAGCAGUGAAGAAUAUUAUCACAGACCUAAGCAUCAGCUCACGAGGGUCACUAUAUAUGCAGGAUUACAGCUACUUCCGUGAAGCUGCUGGUCUUGCCCCGGCUGACGACAUCAAAUGUGAAUAUUACGACCCCAAAGCGCAAAAUGGCGAGAAGAGUUAUCGGUAUGGAUGCGCGUCAGUGUGUCUCUUCUAUCUCAAUGAUAAAGGCCAGCUUUACCCGCUAGCUAUUGUCAUCGAUUGGCGAGGCAGCAUUGAGAGUUCGGUGACAGUCUACAACCGAGAAUUGACCAAGCGGACGGACAUUCGGACUGGAAACAAAAAGCAUGACCGAAAGGUGAAGAUAAUGGAUGAGGCUGUUGACUGGGCUUGGCGAUAUGCCAAAAGCUGUGUGCAAUGUAGCGACUGGCUUCGACACGAAGUCACCGCUCACCUUACACGUACCCAUUUGAUCGAAGAAGCCGUCAUAGUCGCCUGUAACCGAAAAUUAGAUCCCCACCACCCUGUGUUCCGUAUCCUUCGCCCGCACUGGCAGAAAACCCUAGCAUUGAAUGCAGCAGCUCGAAGCACUCUGGUUCCCCAUAUAAUCCUCGACAUCAUCGGGUUUGAUUCGAAGCAAGCACUCCAAUUCAUACGGAGUGAAUACAAGACCUUUGACUUCAAGAAAAGCUACAUACCCACAGAUCUCAAGGAACGAGGCUUCCCUCCAGAACAACUCAACAGCCCAAAGUUCCACAACUACGCCUACGCCAGAUGUAUCAACAGCAUGUGGAACAAGAUCAGGGCUUACGUGGAAACUAUGCUUUCCCUAGCCUACCCUGAGCUCAACGCAGACCAGAAUAUCCGAGACGAUAAAGAGAUUCAGGACUGGUCAGCCGAAAUGCGAAGUCCCAACGGCGCUGAUUUACCCCUUUUCCCAACCAUCAGCACAUUCGCCGAAUUAGUUGAUUGCGUGACGAUGUGUAUCCACAUCGCAUCACCACAACACACAGCUGUCAACUACCUACAAGACUACUACCAAGCAUUCGUGAUCAACAAGCCCCCCUCGUUUUUCACCCCGCCUCCCACUUCCUUACAGAGUCUGCUCAACUACACCGAAGACGACCUUGUCAAAGCGCUUCCUAUGAAUCAUCCGCGGGAAUGGCUUCUCUCUUCCCAUGUUCCAUACCUACUCAACUUCAAGCCGGAUCAGGAUAAAGAAACGCUGAUUGCGUGCGCCCAUUCGCAGUGGCUUGUUUAUCGGACUAAGACAUCGGAUGUGGAUAAGAAAAUUACGGAGGCCAUCGGGAAGUUUUAUACGGCACUUGCUGAUAGUGAGGAGGAAUUCGUUGGUUAUGCGCGGGCGACAGAUGAUUAUAAGGAUAUCAAGUACGAGGUUCUAAAUCCUGAUGGUAAUGCAGUGUCGAUAUUGAUUUGA